AACUCCGGGGAUACAAUCUCCCCAUCGCAUGGAGCUGCCUGUCAGAACUGUGCUAUUUCCUCUGCAGAAUGGCCCAACCUGUGCUGGAAUGUCAGAAAUCAGAGGGAGAAACUCUGGAUGGGUUUCCAGUUGCCCCUGCGGUGUUUGUUUUGCUGCCUGAGAGUAUAAACACAGUGCUGGAUGGAGCUGGGAGUCGGAAAGGAAAACCACAUCACAUUCCUAACUCUCGGCAAAGCGCUGGUUUAAUGAAUGGUGCCUGCAUGGCCAUGGACCCGGGGAUUCUAAACAGAUACCUGCUGCUGCUUGGCUACUGCAUCCUCCCACAGAUUUGCGCUCAGCUCUGCCGAACCCCAUGUUUCUGCUCUUGGAUCCCGCCAAGGUGUCCCCCAGGAGUCCCUGUCAUUGUGGAUGGGUGCGGCUGCUGCAGGAUAUGUGCCCGCCAACUUGGAGAAUCUUGCGACCACCUCUAUCUGUGCGAUGAGUCAAAGGAGCUGCUCUGUGAUUAUCCCACCGGCAGUAACGGGAGAGGAACUUGCAACUAUAACUACGAUGGCAGCUGUGAAUAUGAUGGGAAGGAAUAUAAAGACGGAGAGGUAUUUCAGCCCAACUGUAAGUUCCAAUGCAAAUGCAUUGAUGGCGGCAUCACUUGCACCCCUCUCUGCAGUGAAAAUGUUCUGAUCGCCACUCCAGAAUGCCCUUUCCCGAGACGGGUAGAAAUUCCGGGGCGCUGUUGCCCAGAGUGGAUAUGUGACGAGGACCAACAAAGCCCAGUUUCCAACAGUCUUGGGAAAGAACGGGAAGCAAAGGGAAGGUCGCAGGUUAAGCCUUUCGCUUGCGCAGAAUGGAGCACCCAAUGGAGCACUUGUUCCGUCAGCUGCGGGGUGGGCCUGUCCCUGCGGGUGUCUAACAGGAAUCCGCUCUGCAGGCUGAAGGCCCAAACUCGCCUGUGUAUGGUGAGACCCUGCAGGAAGGAGUCACUUGCACACCCACGGUCCAUUCUGCGCUCCGGCUGAGAUAUAAAACUGACGAUUGUAUCAGCAUCAGGGAGUUCCGGCCAACAUUCUGUGGCACGUGCCCCAUGAAACACUGCGCUCCUUAUCAGAC